GCUCGAGGCUCCGCCCCUCACGUAGCUACUGCGAGCUGUUGGCCGUCAGUGAUGGGGAGGACGUCAUCUGUCCGUUAACAUGUCGCUAGCCGAAACGCCACAUUAGCUUCCAUAUUUCGUCGGAUUUGGCUUUCCCUGACCUACACUGCACAAGGGCGGCAGCGGGUGUCAAAUAUGUAUGAAAAACCUCACGGUCAUAUCCGCUAUUUGUUGAGUGUGCAGUCCGAGCUGACCGUGUGAAACCCACCGCAUUAGCUAGCCUGGUAGCUAGCUGGGCUAACUAACAGCUAGCACAGCUGCGCUAGCCGUAACCGAGCGUGUCCACCAUAACCAGCAAACUAAUUCGAUGGUUAGGGAGUGGGCUUGUCGUAGAAAAAUCAAGUGGUCAUCUGCCUGGUACGCGGGGUCUUGUGGAAGGAUAACUGCAUCCUGAGAAAUACGGUGACCUGAGCCAUGGGGGCAUUCCUGGACAAGCCCAAGACAGAAAAGCACAACGCACAUGGCGAGGGCAACGGCCUGCGCUAUGGCUUAAGCAGCAUGCAGGGAUGGCGGGUGGAGAUGGAGGAUGCACAUACAGCCACAGUGGGCCUUCCCCACGGCCUGGAUGACUGGUCCUUCUUCGCUGUGUAUGAUGGGCACGCUGGCUCACGCGUAGCCAAUUACUGUUCAAAGCAUCUGCUGGAGCACAUCGUAGCGGCUGGCUCGGCAGAUGAGCUACGGCGAGCUGGUGCGCCAUCACCUGAGACGCCGGCUGUGGAGGCAGUGAAGAGCGGCAUUCGUGCUGGCUUCCUACGCAUCGACGAGCACAUGCGCAGCUUCACAGACCUGCGCAAUGGUAUGGACCGCAGCGGCUCCACGGCCGUGGCCGUGCUACUCUCGCCUGAGCACAUGUACUUCAUUAACUGUGGUGACUCCCGGGCGCUGCUGUGUCGAAAUGCGCAUGUCUGCUUCUCCACGCUGGACCACAAGCCAUGCAACCCACGCGAGAAGGAGCGCAUCCAGAAUGCCGGUGGUUCCGUCAUGAUCCAGCGGGUCAACGGCUCGCUAGCUGUGUCACGGGCCCUCGGCGAUUAUGACUACAAGUGCGUGGAGGGAAAGGGCCCCACAGAGCAGCUGGUAUCACCUGAGCCUGAGGUGUUUGAGAUUGUGCGUUCUGAGGCUGAAGAUGAGUUUGUGGUGCUUGCUUGCGACGGCAUCUGGGAUGUGAUGAGCAACGAGGAGCUAUGCGCCUUCAUCCGCGCUAGGCUGGAGGUGUCGGAUGACUUGGAGAAAGUUUGCAAUGAGGUGGUUGAUACGUGUCUACACAAGGGAAGCCGAGACAACAUGAGUGUUGUGUUAGUGUGUUUGCCAAAUGCACCCAAAGUGUCAGAGGAGGCAGUGAAGAAAGAUGCAGAGCUGGAUAAGUUUCUUGAAUCACGUGUGGAAGAGCUCAUAGAGAAAGCGGGUGAGGAGGGCAUUCCUGAUCUGGUACAUGUCAUGAGAAACCUUGCCACAGAGAAUAUCCCAAACCUACCACCAGGGGGAGGCCUUGCCAGCAAGCACAGCGUAAUUGAGGCUGUGUAUAACCGGCUCAAUCCCCAAAGAGAAGAAGAUGGGCCCUCCUGUUUCAUUUGAAUGGUGCAGACCUUGAGGACCCCUGGUAACUGCCCAACCCGAGGGCUUGACCCCUGAAAAGAUUCCUCUGUUUGGAAGAAACCCUUCAUACUUUUAUUUCCUUUUUUUGUAAGAAACAGAGAAAAUGAUUGGGCCACCAGUAAUGAUUUGAAGUACAAUGGAAAAAGCAGUCAGUUCAAAGGGAUUGCAAACACUUUUUUUUUUUUUUUUUUUUUUUUUUUGCUUAAACAUGAGGGAAAGAGAAGAACUUCAACGUUAGAUAACACAUCGCAAAUCAAAAUACACAUCAAAUAAUAAAGACCGAUUUUUGCGCUUUUUUGUGGUUGUUCGUGUUCUUGUUGAAACUGAUGUUUGGGGCAAUGCACGCCCAUAAGCGCUGUGGUGCCUUUUUCUAAACGGCUACGGAUGGGAACUUGUGCUAGUGGCAGUUCAAUGACCUUCAGCCCAGAGCACAACAGAUCAGCUGGGCAAUGUGAGACCACUGCUACCCCUUAAUUUCGGGGGGUAUGGACCAUCACUGGCUUUAAUCAGGAUUUUCCUUGACUGAUGAUUGCAUGUGGAACAAGUUUGGAGGAAUUGCUACGUUACUACAUAACCUGUGUGGAAAGGUUUGGAGCUUGAUGGCUUUUUGCACCUUUUACACCCCUACCCCCCCUUCCACACACACACACACACACUCACAUGCUCUGAUAGACUUUUAUGGAGACUGCAUCAAUAUUGCUUCACCCUGCAGUUUAUCACUCAUUUGGUUGUUAUAAGCUUUUAAUCCUGCUGUUUCAGAGAGUAUAGAAUAUAUAUAGAGAUAUAUAUAAAUUCAUAUAUUUUUUUCUCGAGUAUUGUCAUUUAUGGCUUACUGUUUGAGAAGCAAUAGACGUGACAAAGGGUUGUGUGUCCGGGUCUUUCUGUGUCAAAUUGCUGGGGCUCGAUAUCACCUGCCGCAAAAUCCUUGAGGCCACUGUUAUUUGAGCAUGUUUGCAGUGUGAAAAGAAUUGCAAGUGUACUUUUACUUUCGGUGGUGUCCUUCAGCUGUCAGUAGUUUCAUAACAGAUGGUUAAUGUACAAAAUUCAAGAGUCAUUAGUUUUCAUUGCAGUAUUUUGGCAUUUUGUUACUAAGACUGUUAGUUGCUAAUAAAUGAUACUGCCCUCAUCUGGAUGAAUUUAAGUUCUUACUAUGGAAAACGUAAAACAGGUCAAUUAAAUAUUUCUGGUGGAAACAAAUGAUUAUUUACACCAUUAAUCAUCUAAUGUGCAUAUAGUUGACGUGUUGCCUGGGAAAAUGUUCUGUUAAAAGGAAAUUGCCAUAUAUGAAGUUCAGUUAAAUUUACUUAAAACUGUGAAAUUGAGUUAAAAGAUGUCAACACAAAGAUGCUAUUGCAAAUUUUGUUGGCUUUGUGUCUAUUACCCCCCACUGCCCCAUGCCCUUAUUCAGCGGCUUAUAGUUCUGUAAUGGGUGAUCUCAAAAGCUCCUUGCUUCAGGUGAUUUGACAUGGAAGGGCUGGUGUAUGUAGGUGUGUGUGGCUGGCAUCAGAAGAAUGACGCGUGAAAUACUUUGGACAUACUGAGAUUGUACAAGUCAUGUGCUAGUGUGACCUCAUCGGCUAAAGCCUGUGGGUGUUACAGGUUAAAAGGGAUCCUCUUGGUGCCCAAGAAUGUCACACUACUCAUCACCUCCACUUUACUCUGUAUCAUAUCACUGCCUUCCUCCUCAGUUCUCACUUUCACAAUGCACAACGGAACUCUUCAAACAACCUGCCUUUGUUUUUGUUUUUUUUGUUUCUUUUCGUCCUCAGAGUAUAUUGUAAAAUGGUGUGGGUUUUUUUGUUUGUUUUGGUUAGCUGAACAUGAAAAUACAAGCUUUAAUUCACGCAUUAUUUUCAGACUCAGCAUACAAGUGUGAUACUGGUUUUGCUCAACUGCAUUUUCAGGAGUAAUAGAUGACUACAGAAUGCAUUGCUAACAUGAGAACUGCAAGGUGAAACUGAGCAGAACAAUAAAGAUCAAGUAAAAGCUAUUCCUUAUCUUGAUAAAUGCCUUAUGUAAGAGUCCAUUUAGGGAGGAAGACUUUUUGCCAUUUAGAUGCUGGUUUCUGCUCCCCCCCCCCCUCUCUUUCUCUUUCUUGAUUUGCUGUGUACAAGUUUUAUGCAGUAUGCCACUUUGUAAAAGGUUAGCCUAGUAAAUGUCACAGGAGCAAUUAGUGCUUUCUGCUGUUCUGAAUUUUGUCUCAAGGACAAUUUAUUUUGGAUUUCAUUGCAGAGGCAUGUGUAACAUAAGACAACCCCAGUUCUCAAGGAUUAAUGUUGUUACACUAAUGAUAAAAUAAAAAUACAGAGUCCUA